CAAGAGAAAGAGAACUAGUAGAGAGAUCUAGAGAGAGAGAGAUGACUAUGAUUUUGCCCUUCAACUCGACGAUGACGACGCCAAUGAGUCAACACCCGGUGGUGGCGGUCUCUUCUUCACCGUCUCUUUCCUUGGGUCCGAGUUUUCCUCGUCGUCUUCGAGUUUCGUGCGUUGCCACAAACCCUAGAAAAACAAGUGAACAAAUACAUGACACGAAGACGUUUCGACCCAUCAAAGAAGUACCAAACCAAUUAACCCACACGAUAGCACAAGAGAAGCUUGAGAUCUUCAAAUCAAUGGAGAAUUGGGCAGAAGAAAACUUACUAUCAUACCUCAAACCCGUCGAAACUUCAUGGCAACCACAAGACCUUUUGCCUCAAACCAAUGACGAGGACCAAUUCUACGAGCAAGUGAAAGAGCUAAGAGAUCGAGCAAGAGAGAUUCCCGACGAUUACUUUGUAGUUCUUGUCGGAGAUAUGAUCACCGAAGAAGCAUUACCAACUUAUCAGACGACUUUGAAUACACUAGACGGUGUCAAGGAUGAGACCGGCGGGAGUUUAACUCCAUGGGCAGUUUGGGUUAGAGCGUGGACGGCAGAGGAAAACCGACACGGUGAUUUGUUGAAUAAGUAUCUCUAUCUAUCUGGUCGUGUGGAUAUGCAACAUGUUGAAAGAACUAUUCAGUAUUUGAUCGGAUCUGGCAUGGACUCAAAAUUUGAAAACAAUCCAUAUAAUGGCUUCAUUUACACUUCAUUCCAAGAGAGAGCAACUUUCAUUUCCCACGGCAACACUGCGAAGCUAGCCACUACCUACGGCGACACCAAUCUCGCCAAAAUCUGCGGCACAAUCGCAGCUGACGAGAAGCGCCACGAGACAGCCUACACACGGAUCGUGGAGAAGCUCUUCGAGAUAGAUCCUGAUGGGACUGUACAGGCUCUAGCGAGUAUGAUGAGGAAGCGAAUCACGAUGCCGGCUCAUCUGAUGCACGAUGGUCGUGACGACAAUCUGUUCGAUCAUUAUGGUGCGGUGGCGCAACGAAUAGGGGUUUAUACGGCGAUGGAUUAUGCCGGGAUAUUGGAGUUUUUGCUGCGGCGGUGGAAUGUGGAGACGUUGGGAGUGGGUUUGACCGGUGAAGGAAGGAGAGCACAGGAGUAUCUGUGUAGCUUGCCGCAGAGGAUCAGGAGGUUAGAGGAAAGGGCUAACGAUAGAGUGAAACUUGGGUCGAGGCCUUCUGUUUCCUUCAGCUGGAUCUACGGGAGAGAAGUUGAAUUAUAAGAGACUGUGACUUAAAAGCAGAGAGAAUGUUGUGUUAGUGAAGUUAUGUCAAGAAUGGCAUGUUUGUAAUCAAAUGUAACCAUAAUAAACGAACUUAAUGAAGAACGAUGUUGAUCUGGCGUGUUAAUAUAAUGUUGCGUUAGAG